GCGCGCGCUCUGAGAAGGGUUCCAAAAUAUUACUGCAGCGGGCCGUUCUCCACUGGAGGGCGAGUGGUACAAGAGGAGAGGGUUUGUAAGGAGGGACGGAUAAAGAGAGAGGGAGAUAGAUAGAGCAGCUGGAAGCAGGAGAGAGAAAAUCCCGACCCGGCCUCUGCAAGCAUCAUUUUUACAUCGGAUUUAAUCCGCCCCCGUCUCGACCACAAUUUCACGCCAAGAGAGAUGAGUUUCUCCCACUGAAGUAGGCUAACUUCAUGUUGAACUGUGCUCUUAGGAGGGGGAGGGAGAAAUACAUGAAGAAAAAAAGAAAAACACACAUUCUAAGACAGCUACAGUGUUCAGUUGUAACUGAUGAGAUCACACAGUGACACGAAUGUUUGUGAGCAGCCAUGACGAAAUCCUAUGAGUUCAACUGGCAGAAACACCUGCCUGGCUUCCUACAGGAAGGAGCCUCUUUUGACAGGUUUGACGAGGACCCGUUUGUCUUUGAGCCCAACUGCCUGGUCCAGGUGGACGAGUUUGGCUUCUUCAUCACCUGGAAGAGCGAAGGAAAGGAAGGCCAGGUUCUAGAAUGUUCCCUCAUCAACAGUAUCCGCGUUGGAGCCAUGCCAAAGGACCCAAAGAUCCUGUCAGCGUUUGAGGGCGUGGGGAAGACCGAGGCUGAUCUGGAGGGCUGCAUCAUCUGCGUCUGCAGUGGCACCGACCUGGUCAACCUCUCCUUCAUGUUCAUGGUGGCUGAGACCCCGGACAUCGCCCGGAAAUGGGCAGAGGGUCUGAGAUCUGUGAUUCACAACUUCAGAGCAAACAGCGUCUGUCCAAUGACCUGUCUCAAAAAACAUUGGAUGAGGAUGUGCUUUCAGACCAACGUAAACGGGAAGAUCCCAGUGAGAGGAAUCACACGGACAUUUGCUUCGGGAAAGACAGAGAAGGGAAUCUUCCAGGCUCUGAAGGAGCUGGGCCUGCCCAGUGGAAAGAACGACGAGAUGGAGUCUUCAGCGUUCACCUUCGACAUCUUCUACGCUCUCACACAGAAGAUCUGCCCUCGCACUGACAUGGAGGAACUCUUCAAGAAGAUCAAUGGGGACAAAACUGAUUAUUUAAACGUAGAUCAGUUAGUCAGCUUUCUGAAUGAAAACCAGCGGGACCCGCGGCUAAACGAGAUCCUGUUCCCCUUCUACGACCCCAAACGAGCCAUGCAGAUCAUCGAGAAGUACGAGAGAGAUCCUGAGCUGAGGAAGAGAGGUCACAUGUCCAGUGAUGGCUUCUGCAGGUAUCUGAUGUCGGAUGAGAAUGCUCCGGUGUUCCUGGACAGGCUGGAGCUGUACCAGGAGAUGGACCAACCGCUGGCCCACUAUUUCAUAAGCUCCUCCCACAACACGUACCUGACGGGACGGCAGUUUGGGGGGAAGUCCUCCGUGGAGAUGUACAGACAGGUGCUGCUGUCGGGCUGCAGGUGUGUGGAGCUGGACUGCUGGGAUGGGAAAGGAGAAGACCAGGAACCUAUAAUCACGCACGGCAAGGCCAUGUGUACUGACAUCCUGUUCAAGGAUGUGAUUCAAGCCAUCAGAGAGACGGCGUUCGUAACAGCAGAGUACCCGGUCAUCCUGUCCUUUGAGAAUCACUGCAGUAAACCGCAGCAGUAUAAGAUGGCUAAAUACUGUGAAGAAAUUUUCGGGGACCUCCUUCUUAAACAGCCACUGGAGGGAUAUCCGAUUGAACCUGGGCGACCCUUACCCUCUCCCAACGACCUCAAACGUAAAAUCCUCAUCAAAAACAAGCGCUUGAAACCGGAAGUGGAACAGAAGCAGCUGGAGUCCUUUAAGAAACACAUGGAUGCAGGAGAGACCAACACGCCUGCCAUUAUCCUUGGAGAGGAGAACGAGGAGGACGGAGACAUCUGUGGAGAAGACAAGGAGGGGAACCCCGAGGGCCAGCCCGGCAGCCUAUCAGAGGAGCCCAGUGAGAAGGAGGCUAACAGCGUCAGUGCCAACAGCACCACAGCCAGUAUUACGGCCAGCACCAGGGCUAGCACCAGGGCCAGCACCACGGCCAGCACCGCGGCCAGCACCGCGGCCAGCACCAGGGCUAGCACCGUGGCCAGCACUACCAGGAAGGAAGAGGAGCCGGACAACAGCCUCAGGAAGGUAACCGAGGAUGAGGUCACAGAGAUGUCUGAAGCCACGGAAGCUACAGAUAUCACCGACAUCUCAGAAGCAUCUGACCAGGACAACAACAAGAAGGCAGAGACCACAGAUGACGAGGAGGCUCUGAUAGCCCAGUACACCUAUGUUGGAGCCACCACUAACAUCCACCCCUACCUGUCUGCUAUGGUGAACUACGCCCAGCCUGUCAAGUUCCAGAGCUUCGACAACGCAGAGGAGAGAAACAUCCACCACAACAUGUCGUCCUUCAACGAGUCGGUGGGGCUGGGCUACCUGAAGACCAAUGCUAUUGAGUUUGUCAACUACAACAAACGUCAGAUGAGUCGCAUCUACCCCAAAGGAGGCAGGGUGGACUCCAGUAAUUACAUGCCUCAGAUCUUCUGGAACGCUGGCUGCCAGAUGGUCUCGCUCAACUUCCAGACCCCAGAUCUGGCCAUGCAGUUGAACCAGGGAAAGUUUGAGUACAAUGGAUCCUGCGGGUACCUGCUGAAGCCUGACUUCAUGCGGAGGUCAGACAGGAUGUUUGACCCCUUCUCUGAGACGCCCGUGGACGGGGUCAUAGCUGCCACCUGCAGCGUGCAGGUGUUUUCAGGCCAGUUCCUGUCAGAUAAGAAGAUAGGUACCUACGUAGAGGUGGACAUGUACGGGUUGCCGACGGACACCAUACGCAAGGAGUUCCGCACGCGCAUGGUCAUGAACAACGGCUUGAACCCAGCAUACAACGAGGAACCCUUCGUCUUCAGAAAAGUGAUCCUGCCAGACCUGGCUGUGCUGCGCAUCGCCGUGUACGACGACAACAACAAGCUGAUAGGCCAGCGCAUCCUGCCCCUGGACGGCCUGCAGGCGGGCUACAGACACAUCUCCCUGAGGAACGAGGGCAACAAGCCCCUGUCGCUGCCCACAGUCUUCUGCAACAUCAUCCUCAAGACCUACGUCCCCGACGGCUUUGGAGCUAUUGUGGAUGCCCUGUCCGACCCAAAGAAGUUCCUGUCUAUAGCAGAGAAGAGAGCUGACCAGAUGAGAGCUCUGGGGAUCGAAACGAGCGACAUCGCUGACGUGCCCAACGGGAGCUCGAAGAACGACAAGAAGGGCAAGGUGAACACUGUGAAGAGCAGCGUGUCGCCUCAGACCAGCUCAGAGCUGGCCCAGACCUCCAGCUCCACCCAGAACAACACCGCAGAGGCCAAGAAGGAUACAUCUGCCCUCGUGCCUACUGUAAAUAUCGAUGACUUGAAACAAAUGAAGACCUACCUGAAGCUGCUGAAGAAACAGCAGAAGGAGCUCAACGCCCUGAAGAAGAAGCACUCCAAGGACCAGAACACCAUGCAGAAGUCCCACUGCACCCAGGUGGACAAGAUGAUCGCCCAGCACGACAAGGACAAGCUGACCCAGGAGAAGCUGCUGGAGAAGGCCAUCAAGAAGAGGGGGGAGAACAACUGUCAGGAGUUGAAGAAGGAGACGGAGAUCAAGAUCCAGACCUUAACUACGGACCACAAGGCUAAGGUGAAGGACAUCACAGCCCAGCACACUAAGGAGUGGUCAGACAUGAUCAACUGCCACAGCUCUGAGGAGCAGCAGAUGAAGGACAGUCAUGUGACCCAGCAGUGUGACCACCUGAAGAAGCUGCUGAACACCGUGCAGGAGCAGCAGACCCUGCAGCUCAAAGUCAUCCACGACCGACAGAGCAAAGAGAUGCGUGCCAACCAGGCUAAGACAUCAAUGGAGAACAGCAAAGCCAUCAGCCAGGACAAAACCAUCAAAAACAAGGCAGAGAGAGAGAGGAGGGUGAGGGAGCUCAACAGCAGCAACACCAAGAAGUUCCUGGAGGAGCGGAAAAGGCUGGCCAUGAAGCAUCAGAAGGAGAUGGAGCAGUUGGAGAAAGCCCAGAGGGAACAGCUGGAGAAACUGGACAAGUUCAAUGAGCAGCUUUUGAAAUCACACCAUGCAAACAAACAAGGCCAAGGACAUGCAGCAGAUGGUGAAGCUGGAGGAGGAGAUGGACCGCAGACCAGCCACAGUGGUGUGAGCGACUGAGGGACACACACUCUCACACACACACUCUCACACACACACACACACACACGCAUGUACACUCCAACCCCAGAGAGGUGUGACACCCAUUCUCGCCAGAGACAGACACAAGUCAUACACACACGCACAAACACACACACACACACAGAUAAGUGCCCGCCCCUCAUCUUAAGACUCAGCAGUGGCAGGCUGUGUUCUCCUCCUGGUACUGGACCUCCGGCCUUCUGACCAUCCUGAUCCUCCGGCCUUCUGACCAUCCUGAUCCUCCGGCCUUCUGACCAUCCUGAUCCUCCGGCCUUCCACCAACACCUGCCACCGCCGGCACAGUCCUUUCUGGCCUCUAAAAAAGCUAUGGCAGUUGAAACCAGAACAGACUGCACCUCACACACACACACUCUCUGUCCUCAGUCCGGUGGUUGUCAUGGCGGCAUGACGUAACAGAUCUGUCCUGGUGCCAACGGUACGUUUACCGGUACCAACCAAACCCAACUUGGAAGGAGGGGGACAAAUAUUUAUUAGUUUUAACUUUAUGUCGGCACAAUAUGUGAAUGAUACUGUACGCUACACCAGAGUUGUGUCCAGAGCACUUUAAAUGUGGUAGUCCAUCCUAAAUGAUCAGGGGCACUACAGUAUGUAGCAGUUCACUAGGUUCUCUAUGUUUUGAUAAGAAUGUAAAAACUAAACAUGUAAGCAGUCUACAAAGGAGAGACACCUUCCCCCACACCUCAUACCCCCACACCUCGUACCCCCACACCUCGUACCCCCACACCUCGUACCCCCACAC